CAUGACUUAAUGUCUUCGAGUGUUUGCGCAAUCUCUCCGAUAAGACGUUUCAAUUUAUUUUCUAGCAAAUGAAACGUCGAAAAUCAUGAAAUUCGAUUGGUAUUACUCAAUGUGAAACGUAGUUGAAAACAUUAAGUUAUUCGUUUCAUAACUCAGUUUAGCAAGAUGUUGGUUUCGGUGUGCAUUUUGGGUUUAGUUUUUGAUUCAAUUUCUGCCGCUGUGCUGCUUACUCCACGUAUAAAUGGUGGUCAGGAAGUUCAAAUCCAACAAUUUCCCUUCGUAGCAUCGUUGCGUGAAUUGAGCGGUACAAAUCAAUAUAAACAUCUGUGCGGUGCUGUGAUCAUUUCGGAAAAGUAUUUAUUGACGGCUGCGCAAUGUUUCCAUUCUCAGCAAGUGAAUUGGUUCGGAAUUACGGUGGGUACGAAUAAAAAGAAUGAUGAAACGGCUGCGGUGCAUGCAAUCAAGCGUAUUUUGGUGCACGAAAACUAUGAUGCAUUCACCGCUCCGUUUAAUUACGACAUUGCCCUCAUUGAACUCGACCAACCGCUGAAGUUCAACGAACGUGUCAAGCAAAUUUCAAUAAAUGGCACAUUCUUUGAAGGUCAAGUUGAAGCCAUCACCCUUGGAUUUGGAGGAGUUUAUGAUAACAUCACCAAAUUACAAUCACUCAAAGUCAAGACAAUGACAAAUGCCGAAUGCCGAAGCAAAGUCAACAAACUGACCCCAGUUUAUGAUUACAGCACAUUAUGUGCUUAUUCGGGAAAUCCCAAGCAACGAAUUGGACACAAUGAUGCAGGCGGUCCAUUGAUACAUGAAAAUAAAUUGAUUGGUUUGAUCUCGUGGAAUCCACAAGUCGUUGGCAGCGAGAAACCAGAAGGUUUUACACGUAUCAGCAGUUAUUAUGAAGGUUGGAUUAAGAAACACAUGACAUGAAAUGGAAUCGAAGAAAUUCUUGAAUAAAAAAGUUGAAAAAAAACCAUC